AAAUCAAAUGCUAUAAGUUCUCUGUCUCUGUCUGGUGGUCCUAAUUAAAGCCUUGGUUAUGAACCACUGAAAACUUGUUCAGCACCCACAGCAUGGUUCAACUGUUUACAAUCAUCAAAUGACCAAGUUGCAAGCCUCUUUUUCUGGCCUAAUGCCAUUCAUGAACAUCAAAUAUCUACUUAACUUUUUCUUGGCCUCUUCCUCCCAACUUUUCCCCUUUUUUCAAAGCUAAACUUGUCAAUUAUUCUCCUUUAGUUUUUAUCUUAUUCUAAAAGUAGCACAGAGUCCUAAUAUUAAUACUCUCGUUGCUGUAAGAACUUGGAAUCGGACUUAAUUUAAUACUCUGACAUUUAUUAGUAUGUUAUAUAUAUGUCUAUCUUCCCCAAACCAGCUCACAGACAAACACUCCUCUUCACUUUCACCAAAUGGGAUUCCUUCCUUCUCCUUUGCCUUCACAAACACAUGAAGAACCUGAUUUUUCUAACCACCUUCACUCGGAUUCCUCAGGCAGCUCCAUCUCUUCUCUAUCGAGUUUACCAUCAGUUCCAUCCCUAAACUCAGUCUCAAAAGAUAUUCCCAAUAUCAAUCACCAAUGUGUUUCAACCAUAAAGGGUCACACUUCAUAUGUGUUUUCUCUUGUUCUCUCUGGAAAAUACCUCUAUAGUGGCUCUUCUAAUGGUGAGCUAUGCAUGUGGAGCCGAAGCCCUUCAAACCAGGAAGGGUCAGCAGAGAACGUUGUCUUUUCGUGCAAGAGUGCAGUUAAGUCCCUUGUGAUCUUGGGUGACAAACUAUUUAGUGCUCACCAGGAUCACAAAAUUCGUGUAUGGAAAAUAGAAGACGGCACACCAUACAAGAAAAACAAGUGCAUAGCCACAUUACCGACUAUAAAUGAUCGUGUAACAAGGCUCUUUCUAGCAAAAAACUACGUGGAGAUCAGGCGACACAAGAAGUGCACUUGGGUGCAUCAUGUGGACACUGUAUCAGCUCUGGCCUUAUCAAAAGAUGGUUCUUUUAUAUACUCAGCUUCGUGGGAUCGAACAUUUAAAGUGUGGAGGACAUCGGAUUUUAAGUGCUUAGAGUCUGUGUGGAAUGCUCAUGAUGAUGCUAUAAAUGCCAUAGUAUCAUCUAGCGAUGUAUUUGUUUAUACUGGUUCAGCUGAUAAGAAGAUUAAGGUAUGGAUGAAGAAUGAAGGAGACAAGAAGCACAUUUUGGUUGAUGUGCUGGAGAAACACAAGUCAGCUGUCAAUGCUUUGGCACUUAGCCCUGAUGGAUCUGUGUUGUAUUCUGGUGCAUGUGAUCGGUCUAUCAUCGUAUGGGAGAAAACAUCCAGUGAUGGAAACAUGGUGGUGACUGGUGCACUUAGGGGACACACAAAUGCAAUUCUGUGUUUGGCAGUUGUAUCAGAUUUAGUAUGCAGUGGAUCAGCCGAUAAAACAGUAAGGAUUUGGAGAAAAGAAUUCGGAAAAAGUUAUUCCUGUUUGGCAGUGUUGGAAGGACACAAAAGACCAGUUAAGUGUUUAACUGCAACUGAGGACAGUUGUUCUGCUAAUAAUAGUUCAGCUAUUGGUAUGCCUUAUUUGGUAUACAGUGGCAGUUUAGAUUGUGAUGUAAAAGUCUGGCAAAUAUGGGUUCCUUUCCCCUAAAAUACAUAUUUGCCUUGCUCUGAUAUGUCAUUUUUUUUUUGGGGGUUAACUGAAAUGUUUUUAUACUUUUCAACAGAUGAUCAAAAAGUAUUACUGUAUUUUUUUUCUGAUGUAUAUGAAAGUGAAGUGAGAAUUUGAUGAAA